UAUGAAGAUCCUCACAAGCUAGCAUCAAUACCUGCACGUGUUUUAGGGGCUGAGUUUGGAAGAAACCAUUGAUUGAUUUCUAUCCUCUCCUACCCCAAAUUCUUGUGUAGUUGUUGUUGUUGGAUUCCAAAACAGAGUACUUUAUCAACCAUCAUGGCCAUUAGUCACAACACUUUAGCUUUUACCUUUGGCAUGCUGGGAAACGUGAUUUCGUUCUUGGUAUUCUUGGCUCCAAUAUCAACAUUUUACCGAAUAUACAAGAAGAAAUCAACAGAGGGUUUUCAGUCACUACCUUACCUAGUGGCUCUGUUCAGCUCAAUGCUUUGGUUGUACUAUGCUUUACUCAAAAAAGACGCUUUUCUCCUCAUUACAAUCAACUCUUUUGGCUGUGUCAUUGAGAUCAUCUACAUCAUUUUGUACAUCAUCUAUGCUCCAAGGGAUGCAAGGAAAUUAACUUUCAAACUACUUUCGGCAAUGAACGUGGGGUCCUUAGCUUUGAUCCUCUUAGUGACACAAUACGCCGUGCAUGGCCCACUCCGUGUUCAAGUUCUUGGAUGGAUUUGUGUUUCCAUUUCUGUUAGUGUCUUUGCGGCACCACUAAGCAUUGUGGCACAAGUUGUUAGGACUAAGAGUGUUGAGUUUAUGCCUUUCAAUUUGUCAUUUACUCUUACAUUGAGUGCCGUAAUGUGGUUUGGUUAUGGUCUCUUCCUCAAAGACAUAUGCAUUGCUCUCCCAAAUGUGUUGGGUUUCGUACUGGGGUUACUUCAGAUGUUGCUCUAUGCCAUUUAUAGGAAUCGCGGUGAAAAAACUAUUCAAAAGGAAAAGAAGACACCGAUUGAGCCACUCAAAAGCAUUGUUAUAGAGACACAACUAGUGGAGAAAAAUGAACAAAAGGAUGGAAAAAGUGAAGAAUCUAUAGCCACCGGAGUCUAGUUGUUUGCGUUAAACCAUCGUUUUAUGUCCUUGAAAGUGAACUAAAGCGACAACGUCCUACGCUUUUAGAAACUAAAAAAAUGGUUUAUCAGUUAGUUGUUAUGUUAUUGUUUCGUGAGCACUUACAAUGGCCACGACAUCUACGUUUCUUCCAUUCCAUUCCAUUUAGUUGUAUUGUAGUCUUGUAGCUCCCUUGCAUGUGCAAGGGAUUAUGUAAUCUUUAAAUUUUCGUCAUUCAAUCUUACCGUUGUAAAUCUUGCCAUCCAUGAAUUAAUGAUGCAUCAUUUCUAUUUUAAAAUGAAA